AUUGCAGAUACCAACGCUCUGCCAAGCCUGAAAGAACUCCUGGAGUCUGCUCCAAACACAGAUAAAAGGACCUGGGAUUUGUUUAGUUGGAUUUUAUCAUCUAAGGUCUUUGUGAUACAAAGUACUAAGAAACAGGAGUACGAGAAGAUCCAAGAACUCACAGGGAUGUCUGGAGCUGUUGUUCCUGCUCCAGAUUACCUCUUUGAGAUCGUGUAUUGCGAUCAGAUGAAUACCAAGUUUGCCGAGACCAAGGGAGAGCGGGACCUGAUCUACGCCUUCCACGGGAGCCGCCUGGAGAACUUCCAUUCCAUACUGCACAACGGCCUGCACUGCCACUUGAACAGGACAUCCCUAUUUGGUGAAGGCACCUAUCUCACCAGCGACCUGAGCCUGGCUCUUCUGUACAGCCCUCACAGUCUCGGUUGGCAGCGAAGCGCCUUGGGCUCCAUGCUCAGCUGCGUCGCUGUUUGUGAGAUCAUUGACCACCCAGAUGUGAAGUGCCAGGUGAAAAAGAAAGAUUCAGAAGAAAUAGACAGAGAAAGAGCAAGAGUGAAAAACAGCGAAGGGGGUGAUGUACCGCAGAAGUACUUUGUCGUCACAAACAAUCAGCUUUUACGAGUUAAAUACCUGCUGGUAUAUUCACAGAAACAGCAUAGGAGGCCUUCUAGUGAAUCUUCCUGGUUUUACAAGCACCGUUUUGCCGUAAUGAUGAUGCUGUACCUGCUGCUGUUGAUAGCCAUAGGUGCCAGCAACUCGCCAACCUUCAUCUACUACUGGCACAGAAUGUUUGACUCGGAGAGAUGAGUUGCCCGAGACGAUAAACUCUUAUUUUCACCAUGUGCCUUAAUAAUAUCAUCAAAUCUGCAAUGCACUGCAUCUGUGCCAGAGCUCGGGAAGUAAAGGUGCCUGGAGCUUUCCAGUU